AUGGACAGGCCACAGCCAGUUCUUUCAUGCCAGCCAGGAUUUAUCCCGUUGCAAAGGAUAUGCAGGCUAACAGUUCUUUUUCUGGUCAUUAUUCACUGCUGCUCCUGGUCAUCAGUGGUUUGGUCAUUCAAUUUGGACAUUCAUGCGCCAAUUUUCAAAAUUGGCCCAAAUGAUUCGUAUUUCGGCUUUGCUGUCGCGGAGCAUUUUAAAGUGGACCGACCAGAAAGAAAGAAUUUUUUCAAACAUUGA